AUGUCAGCCAUGGAAUGCAUGAAGGAUGUGUUCCGCAAGGACCAGCUACUCAACGGACGUUUCAGGACUCUCGCUCCUCUGAACCAUGGCUCCUUUGGCAUGGUGUUCCUGGCAUUGGACACUCGGACUGGACAGGAGGUGGCCAUCAAAUGUUUGACGAAGCCUGCCGUUGCCGAUCAAUCAACCAUGCCAUUGACUGCCGAUGAGGGUGCCGAAGAACUCGCAUGCCAUGCUAUUCUCAAGCAUCACAAUCACUUGGUCAACCUCGUCCACCACUUCGAGACAGAAGCUCACAGCUAUUUGGUUCUCGAAUACUGCUCUCAAGGUGAUUUGUAUGAGGCCAUCCGACUUGAUCAUGGACCACUUCAGAGUGAACAUGUUCGACGAUUCAUGCUGCAGCUCAUCAGUGCGGUGCAACACAUGCAUGCCAACGGCUUGUACCACCGAGACAUCAAACCAGAGAACAUCUUCCUGACCGGUGACGGAUCUGUGAAGCUUGGUGACUUUGGCUUGGCGACCAGAAGUUUGUGGUCCUACGAGUCAUGCGUUGGAAGUGAUCGAUACAUGGCUCCGGAACAGUAUGACCCUGCUGAUACCGGCUAUUCUCCAGCCAAGGCUGAUAUCUGGUCUAUUGGUAUCUGCUUGCUCAAUGUCUUGUUCGCCAGGAAUCCUUUUGUCACUCCGACACAGUCAGACGUUUUGUUCGCGGACUACGUUCGAGAUCGUCAAUCUCUCUUCGACAUCUUCCCAAACAUGUCUCAGGACACGUUCGAGAUCUUGUCGAUUGCCAUGGCGAUUGAUCCUGCCAAGCGUGACCUCGGUGCUCUGAAGCAGGCUGUGCUCCGCGCUCUCACCUUCACCACUGAUGAUGACUCUUUCGAUGAGUUCUGCGCCGAGGAACGCGAUGUGGUACGUGCCAGUGCCAAUCGCGAGCCAUUGCGUACACCAUCGAUCCAGAGUCCUCAAAUGGAUGGCGAGUCGUUUCCAUGGGCCAAGGCUUUGCAUUCAAGCCCACAACACAAGCAGCAACAGUUGGCUUCUAUUCCUGAUCUGUAUGAGGAGGAUCUCUUCGACUCCGAGAAGAACCUCAAGCUUGGUGAAUCUUGGUUCUCUGGUCACAACAACACCCCGUCACUGGGUUCGGUCAUGGAUUCUGCGUAUGGCUCCCUCAAAUCAAUUGCAAUCAAACGUCCAUUCACGCGCAACCCACCGCGUCCUGACCCCGUGCCGAUUCCUCACUCUUUGCCGACUCGUCCCUCUCGACCCAUUCCUACAAUGUCGUCGGUCUUUGGCAAGAAGAAGGAGGAAACCGUGGCCAAGAGCUGGAGUGACAUGUUUGAAGAAGACGAGGAAGAGUCUGAGCGUGAAGCUGAAGUGAAGUUGCGACAUGAACAAAACUCUAGGAGCUGGAGCGAAGAUAGUCAAAAAGUUCUGCCGGUGCCCCCUGGUGUUCUUGCCGAGUCCAAGAGUCGCUCGAACAGUAAUGCUCGCCGCAGCCUUACUCCCAAACCAGCUCCCAUCAAGACCGCUCAUGGGUAUGGUGAGAAUGACCCUCUUGGAUGGCGCAUGCGACCAUCUCGACACUCUCCCAACCACGUUCCUGUCGACAAGUGGGCUGCUUUGGGCAACAAGCGACGCAGUCAGCAUAUCGAGACAGACAUCCAAUUACCAGCCUGGAGUGCCAAGAAACGAUCCUACACCACAGGAUCAGGAAAGAAGCCCCCUCAAGGCGGAUUGGAUCAACAGGCAUCCCAUCGGCGGGAGAGUCGAAAUAAGGCACGUCCGGCGUACUUGAAACAGGACUGGCGUCAAAGCAAGGUGAUUGACUCGUCUGCGGACGAGGAUGAUCAUGAGUGGGUUGGAGGUUGGCAUAACUUCCAUUUGUGA